AUGACGGAUGAUUCCCCCGGCGAUAACACUCCCAACCUCGCCAAAACCGUUCGAGGGCUGAAAAGGCACGACGGAAGGAACCCAGCUGAAUUUGAGGGCUGGAUGAAGAGGCGUUGCGUCGUUCUCGGAGUUACGCGCAGGGACGUCCUGCCGCUGCUGAAAGGCCGGAGUAGGCCCGCGGAAACGAAUGAGGACUACGUCCAUUGCAAGUCGAACGAAGACCUGUUCCCCAUACUCUACCUACUGGUUGAAGUAGUGGGUCCCUUCGGUACAGAAGCACGAGGACGAACGCGAGAUCAUGGGAGGCGGUCAGGUAGCCUUCAAGGAACUGAACUUGAAGUACAAGAAACCAUGGAGGAGCUAAUCAACGCGCCCAUGGAACCCGGGCAGAACCCGGACGUCUACUUCAACCAGAGGCACCUCGUACGAUACAAGGCUGAGAAGCUGGGGGAAACAAUCUCGUAUCGCUACUUCAAGGACAUGUGCGUCACCGGCCUCACCGAUGAAUUCAAGGACGUCAAGAUGAUCAUGUACCGCGACCCAGACUUCAACGUCGACAAGAUGCAAACCACCGUGAGUGACGUGUUCCUUGACGAGCAAUCUCGAAAAGGGCCGAAGUGGACUGCGGAGAAAAGGGACUCAUCCGGAGGAACUGCCCCGAAACGAAAGGCAAGGGAGGAGACCCAGCCUGCCGGAGUCGCCAAAUGGUGCUCGGUUUACUUCGCAACCAGGAACUCCGACGAGGAAUGCUUCGAGCACGGAGCGACGCAGCCGAAAAAAUCUAGCAACACGGGCAAGGCCUUCUCCGCAUGCGCUAAUUGUGCACACUGCUCCUCAUCUAGCAACAAAAGGAACCAGGAGGAGAUCAAGCCCAACGCUGCCGGAGCCACUCUGCUUAUCGACACCGGAGCAUCCGAGAAAGUGCUCAACGAUCGUUUCAUCCCAGGUUUGAAGGAAACAGUGUGGGAGUACAAGAAUCUCGCCAAACCUAUGGCAGUCUCGGUCGGCGGUGACCAUGAGGUGGAUGGAAUAGCUACAGGACUCAUCCGAUGCAUCGUCAAGGACAGCAACGGCGACAGCGACUGCGAGAAACAGGCCGCCCUCCAACGAGGACUUGUCGUCCCCGGCCUCGGACGCAACGUCUUCUCGCCAACCGCACAGAUACAAAAUGGGGUCAAGCUAGCCAUCGAGGGAGACCACCCGCACCUAGCGACUACUCGCGAGACGACGGCACCUAUGCAAAUGGUAUACACCGACAGCAUGGGAAAAAUCACCCUGCUCGCGAAGAGAAGCUUUGGGUACGCUUCCAAGUUCACCGACGCACAUUCGUGGAUAAAUGAAAUAUACCUGCUCAAGGCCAAGUCCGAGACCUUUCGAGCUUUUCACGCCUACAACAUGCAGGUGGCUGCUCCGCUAGGCCGCCGCAUGGAGAUCAUUCGGGGCGACAGAGGAGAGGAAUACGUCGGCGACGAGUUCACCACACGGGAACGUGACCUUACUGAGACACCAGCGUACUCCAUGCCGCCCGACGUGCUCGAUGACGACAACUUUUACGAAAGCGACGUUCUGAACGUCACGCCUGUUCUUGGCAAGGUGUCCACCACAGGAGACGAGUUCAAUGGAUCGAGUGCCCUCGACACGGUCGACCUGGAAACCGAGAAUCAGCUCCUCCGGCAACAGAUCCGCCGUAUGUGCUACAGCAAUUUGAUUGGAGAGGGUCUUCAACAACAGACAAUCAACACGGGACACGACACUUCGCCCAGCCCGCCGAAUUCGCCUCGGCUAGCCACGUUCAGCGACGACCCAGAUGUCCCACAGGCAGAAAGUAUCGCACCAGGCAGCGCGUCGAAGCCGACCCAGGGGAUAUGGCGGCCACUCAAAGUCACCCGCGCCGCCACCACGAGGAGGCCGAACGCCUCUGACUCGAUCGACCCUUCCCUUGAGCCGAGCUCCCUCAAAAUCACCAUGGACGACAGCGGAAUUGGAUGCGUGACGGCCACAACGAUGCGGCCCGACCCCAGCGCACUGACGUCUGGACAACUGUUGGACUUCGCCAGCAAGGCCUACCACGAUCGCGCCAGCGCCGCGCCGGAUUUUGCUCAUCUGGAUGAAGAAUCGCUCCCAGUAUCGCGGGCCUCCGUGUACGACACAGGCACUCCAAUCCCGCAAGCAUCCUUGGAGGAGGAGCGCAUCAAAAUCCCGAACACCUACAAGGAAGCCGUCAACUCCCUGCAAGCGUCACAGCGGAAUGCAGCUAUCGCAAAGGAGAUGGACAGUCUGACGAACCACAAGGUCAAAAUGUUGGUCCCCAUCACCAGCGUUCCCAAGGAAGAGGAGAUCCUCCGUACACGGUUCGUCUUCAAACAGAAAGCCGACGGGAAACUCAAGAUCACGCUGGUGGUCCAAGGUCACGUGGACGAGUCUGACAUCGACUUCGGGGGGAGCUACGCACCAGAUUGCAGCAUCCGGAGCGUUCGCACCUUACUUGCCAUAGCAUGCGAGCACGGAUGGCCUGACCCCGUGAAUGGGGAGAUUAUGGUCUACGAGCUCAAACACAGUCGUGAAUGGCUUUCACAGUCGCCGGUGCUCUGGUUCAACACCAUAGGAGAUGUGCUAACGGUGAUCGGAUUCAAGCCCACACAGUCCGACCCCUUCGUAUUCGUAUACGGAAGCGGCGACACUCUCGUCAUCUUGACGCUGUGUAUCGACGACAUCCUCAUCAGCGGAAAGGACCCCGAGCUCGCAUGCAACACGCGCAGAUACGAGGAAGGCACGCUGAUUGUCUCGCAUAACAACUACAUCAAGACCAUCCUCGAAAGGUUCGGUAAAGAGCACUGCAACCCUGUCAGCACUCCAGGACGUGGACCGGGACUCUCGACUGAUCAGCCAGCCGACGAACUACUCGGAGCGGCAGACACCAAACUGUACCAGUCCGUUACAGGCAGCCUGCUCUACCUGGCUCAUUGCACCAGGUACGACUUGUGUGACGCAGUCAACCAGCUGACCAGAGCAUCCAGCAAGCCUGCUCAGGUCCACAUAACUGCCGCCAGGCACGCGCUUCGGUACUUUUUCGGGACGCCGGACAUGCUUGUCGUAUUCAAUCAAGGGCAAUUCCGCAUCGCAGCAUUCGCCGACGCUUCGUUCGCAGCUAAGCCGGACAACAGCAAGUCUACCACAGGGUACCUGUUCGUCCUGGAAGGAGGUCUCAUCAGCUUCGGAACCAAGACGCAGUCUCUCACGACCCAAUAG